AUGGCUGAAUCUGAGUUUGGCUCUCAGAGACGCGUCGAGUUGAUCAACAAGAUCGCUGCUGGUGCCGGUGGAGAGAUUGAUCAGCCUCUGUGGCCGUUUUUAUGGCUGGCAGAUAUCCCGCAGCUCGAAGAAAUCUCUAAGCAACCUGACCUGAUAACCUAUCUUGCUGGGCUUGCAAAGAGACUUGAAGACAGCCAACUGCUGGCAAGAUGUAAGCUUGUUCAUGCUGAUGUCUGUGCACAGUUACUGACGUUUUUGGUUUCCUACUGUUUAUACAGGGACCCGGAGAACUUACGAACGUACACCCUCCCCGACGGCCUCUCCUGCGCCAGCGAUGUCAAGGCUUUCAGAGAUGGCAGUACCGGGCGAUCGGCCUGGCUCACCAACCUCAAGCGGAAUGGAUGCGUCGUGACUGGUGCUGACGAUCCUGUUGAAGCGGCUCACAUUUUCCCAUUCUCCAUGAGGAGAUUACAGGCCCCGGAUAUCGUCAACGACACAUACAAUCCGUGGAGCGUUUUUACGGUCGACGCGUGGUAUAAUGCCAUCACAGGCCCUGUGGCCACUGAGACCGUACAGAACCUUAUGUGCUUGGCUCCGUCAGUUCACAAGUAUCAUGAACGCGCUUAUUUUGCAUUGGAGCCCGUUGAGGAGGACACCCAAUCGCACACUCUUACGGUUCGUUUCCAUUGGCUACCCCAUAUGGCCAACCUCCACAGACUAAAAGUUGAUACCCGCCCAUCAUUUGCUCGUGGUAUUGGUUGCGGCCGCCGGAUACGGCUGUGGGAGGUGGUGUCUGGCGACGAAAUCAUUUCGGGAACACUCAUCAAUAUCACUGGAUACGACAGGAUUCCCCUCCCUGACCCGGCGCUCCUACAACUGCAAUGGAUGCUUCAACGCAUCGUCGCCUUAGCUGGCGGCGCUGAAGUAUUCCAGAAAUCCAAUGAUGACGGUGAUGACGAUGAUUACUCUGAUUACUCUGAAGUCUACGAAGAUAGAUGA